GUCAGCCUCGUCACAACUCUCAUUUAGUCUCGCAAUGGCGUUAGCGGAAGGUGGUUGUGUGUUCGCUUAGUCUCACUCCAACCCGAGCGGACACCGGCCCAAAAUAUUGGCCUGUCUAUACGUGUUCGGUUUACUUGAAUUUAAUUCCUGUAACUCCGUGCUCAGUAAGCGAAAUUCGCCACCACGGACAGUCAAAUUUUGGAACGAUAUCCACUCAGGACGAAUCAUUUCAAGAUCAUGUUCAUCUCAUCAUAGUUCCUCCUUCGUUUUUAAGUGUUUGUGUUCUGUGAACAUUAGUGUAUUGUGACGUGACAGUGUUAAGUGUAGUGAUGGAACCCGGAUCGCCUUCGUUGCUGUGGCCGCUGCGCCUGAGCAAGCCUGCCGUGACUGUUCCCGUGGCUCCAGCGGGAGAGCACAGCAAAGCCGAUGAGAGAGCGCCUUCGCCUUCCCUCACAGACCGCUUGUCGGCGGCUCCUUCGCCCUCCAGCCCGGCGCCAGCCAGCCCGGCGCCAGCUAGCCCUUCGCCCCCCCAGCAUCAGUUCCAAGCGGCCCUCGUUGCGGAAAAGUAUCUAUUACUCGAACAAGUGGAAGGGUCAUCGCUUUGCCGGUGUGUGGACGUGCGCACGCAAGAGGAAUAUGUUUGCAAAGUGGUAUCAAGAGAUUGCAGUAGUCUCCUGCAAGCGCACUACCGUUUAGACGGCCACCCACACGUGAAUCCGAUCCACGAAGUGCUGGUUGGUGAUAAGAGGGUGUACCUCAUAUUCCCGAGGUCGCACUCAGACUUGCAUUCGUAUGUGAGGGCGAGGAAACGGUUAAGAGAACACGAAGCACGCAGAUUGUUCAGGCAAAUGGCGGAAACAGUAGCGGCGUGUCACGAACAAGGCAUCGUUUUAAGAGACCUUAAGUUGAGAAAAUUCGUCUUUGCGGAUCCUCAGAGGACGACUUUAAAACUAGAGUCUCUGGAAGACGCCGUAGUGUUAGAUGACCCCGAGGAAGAUCUCCUUCAAGACAAAAGGGGGUGCCCAGCGUACGUGUCGCCCGAAAUCCUGAGGGCUCAUCGGACGUACUCCGGCAGAGCAGCUGACAUGUGGUCGCUAGGAGUUAUACUGUACACCAUGCUCGUUGGAAGGUAUCCGUUCAACGAUUCCGAGCAUGCGUCGCUUUUCGCGAAAAUAUCUCGCGGAUACUUCGUGGUGCCCGAAUGUUUGUCGUCGCGAGGAAAAUGUCUCAUACGAUCUCUACUGCGGCGGGAAGCCUGCGAACGGUUAAGCGCCCGCGAUGUUCUGCGCCACCCCUGGCUAGCACGGGACCCUCGGAACGAACUGCCCCCAAGAGCUGCAGCUUCUCUCGACCGCCUCGUACCCGACGUGCCGAUGGACGAUGACUACGUCUAGCCCAACUUUUCAUACACAGCCGGUGCUGGCAUCGGUGUACUAUGUUCCAAUCUCGCAUCAUCGCGCAAUAGCAUAAGCUAGGGUUGCCAUUUGUUAGCGUUUUGCCAAGCUUCUUCAAGCCAGAACAUUGGAUGUGUUUAAAGUUAGAACGUUAUUUUUUCUGGAAUUGAACAAGCUUUGUGCUACUGGGAAAUCAGGGUUCGUCUGUCGAGACACCUAGAAAUAUGAGCUUCAAAAUAAUGUAAAUAAAGUACUAAGAACUGCGUCAAAUGGUAGCCCUUUAGGGCCCGGUGAGUCCACCGAGAGCCUUUAACUUUUCGGUUAAAGUAUAUUCUGGCCUAAUUUCAUGCAAGCUUGCGGUUGCUCACUGAAACGUCGGCUCGAAUACCACGCUCCGUCAACGAUUAAAAUUCAGAAAGUAGUAUCCCAAGCCAAAUAAAGGUCUCCGUAGAGAUUUUAAUUUAGUGAUUAUAGGCCGGGAGAGGGCGGCGGGCCCGCUUCCCCCCGGCCGCUUAAUUUAUGAAAUACAUAGAAGCGAACGCUACCACAAUACGAAUCGCAUAAUCCGGCAAACGCAAGACAAACGCGCUAUUAAAUGGAGGUUUAGUUUUAUGCGGCUUUUAUUGGCGCUACGUGUCGGCUUUUACGAGCUGUGGUAUAGUUGUAACGUUCGUAAUGACUAAUGACAGAAUAAGUGAGACUGAUAACGCGUUCUUGUGAUCUAACUAUGAAUGUUAAACGAUCCAUCUUGUUUUGUGUAAACCAAACUGCUCCCGGCUGUCAGCCAGUGUACCAAUUGUCGGUAUGGUCCACGAGGGAGCUUCGUACUGUUAUACCUAAAAUGGAUUUCAAUAUUUUUAUUCAGUUCAGAUAGGAAAUAAAUUUUUGUAGAAAAUCGUCUAGCAUCCAACGAGAUGUGAUAACGAACUGUAAUGAAACUCUACGAGCGUUAAAGAUUUGUUAACAUUCUAUAUCUCAUAUCGUGGGCUUGCCUAAAAUCUACAGAGCGUAAGUCAUAGCUCCAAUCUAUUUCUAAUGGUUAAGGUUUAACCACAAGUUAAACAAUGUAAUCUUAACUAAAAAUGUAUAACAGUGCGAAGCGUUCUACUACUGCGUUAAUUCCUGUUACAUGAUUCAUAUCAAUUUCACAUCAAUAUAGAUGGGUAUAUUGCAUUGGAAGUUGUUGCUAUAAUAUAGUAUUAGGGGAAAAAUACAUAAGUGUAUAUUUUGUAUUUAUAUUUAAAAGAAAAUAUUAUGUCGUGUAAUUGUGAUCUCCACCGAUGUUAUUUAGCGAUUAUAUUGAUUUGAUCUGAGAAGUGUUGAACGAUUUGUUGAUAAUAUUUUAUAAUGAAAUUAAUUUAUUAAGACUAUAUAAUGACAUUAAAUAUUUACGUACAAACUAAAUAAAGAUAACCUAUCAGAGCAGUUUAUAUUUUCAUUAAAAUAUAUUUGAAGUUGAAAUAUUGUUCUGCUAUAUAAAAAGUUGCCAAUAUUUAGUUUGUAUGGGCAUUGUGUAGAGUUAUUAAAAAAUAUGUCAGUUUAAAAUGUAUGAGUAAAUCGUCCGCCAGCUCUCAGUGUAUUGCCAUUACGUUGUUACGCAGAAGCAUAAGCCCUUUUGUUUCACAGCGAUCAGUUGCUUCCAUCAUAGAGUUAUUAUAUUUUAUUUGAUUUUUGGUUAUGUGGAUCAUUAUGUUUUCGGACAUAUUCGGUUAUUUUGUUAAUCAUCUAUUAUAUUAUAUCAAUCAAAAAGUUUUUUUUUAUAUAUAUCAUUCUCAUCACCACCACGUACCGAAUAAAAUCGUAGUUUGGUUUAGUGCCAUUUAUUUAAUUUAAACUAAUUAAUUUAUUCGUUGUUUUAAUUGACGGUGUGAUGGCAACACUUCUUCCUAUUAAUUAAUUAUUUUUACCAUUUGGUACUUGGUGUUGAUUAUAAAUCGAUUAGAGAAAAAUCAGCUCUUUUGUUUUUCAAUUAAAUCGUAUCGUUCCAAAAAAGAAAUCGAUAAUGUUACCAUGAUUAUCAAAAUUGUUAUUUUUUUUAUUUCAGCCGUGUUACAUUGUCUUAUUUGGUUUCCUGUUAGUUCUUUCAUGUUUUGAAAGUGUGUUGAAGUCAAGUCUUUCGUUGAAAGCAUACUGUACAAUAGUAGUUUACUGUAAAAUAUACUAUUAUAAUACUUUAAUUUAUACAAACUGUAAAUAGAGCUUAAGAUAUGAGUAAGGUUAUCAAAAAAAGGAAGAAUGAUAGAGGGAAUAAAUAAUUUAGAAAAUUAAAUUUUACUUUUA